AUGCGUUCUACUCUUCUUUCGGUCGCGGCCCUGCCGCUGGCCGCCCACGCUCUCGACCUCGACAACAAGUUUUAUGAGGGACCUGGCGUUGUGCGAUUCCCCCUUACCGGCAACAAGGAUGCCCUCGACAGGCACAUGCGCCGCCAGUCCGAGGCUGGCCUCGACAACCGCAAGACGGGCUUCUUCUACACCAUUGACCUCGAGAUUGGUUCUCCUCCUCAGACUGUGGCCGUCAACUUUGAUACCGGCUCCUCCGAGCUCUGGGUGAACCCCAACUGCGCCAAAUCCUCCGACGAGGCGUUCUGCAAGACCUUUGGCGCUUUCGGCAAGUCGGCUUCAUUCACCAGCCUCAACCAGAACACCACUCUCAAGUACGGCCGCGGCCAUGCCGAUAUCGAGUACGGCUACGACUACGUCACUGUCGGCACCUCCAAGAUCAACCAGCAGACCUUCGGUGUUGCCCAGGACUCCGAGUUCGCCACUACCGGUAUCAUGGGUGUCGGCCCCAACCUGCGCGGCUGGGACAGCCCCUAUCCUUACGUCCUCGACAACCUGUUCACUCAAAAGUUCAUCAAGAGCCGCGCUUUCUCUCUGGAUCUGCGCCACGUUACCAGCUCGCGCGGUGCUGCCGUUUUUGGUGGCAUUGACACCAAGAAGUUCAAGGGCCCCCUCGUCAAGAAGGACAUUAUCCCCGCCGCUUCCUCCCCCGACGGCAAGACUCGCUACUGGGCCAACUGCGACGGCAUCUCCAUUAACAAGGAGGAUGGCUCCAAGCUGGAUGUGCUCACCCAACCCCAGGCUUUCCUCUUCGACUCCGGCUACACCAUCAGCGCUCUGCCCACCGCCUCCUUCAACGAGCUUCUGAAGGCUUUCCCCUCGGCCAAGAUGGAAUCCAGCGGUCAGUACGUUGUCGACUGCGCCGUCGCCAACGCCAAGGGCUCUCUUGACUUCAAGUUUGGCGAUGCUACUAUCAACGUCGCGUACAACGACUUUAUCUGGCAGCAGCCCGACUACAACACCUGUGUUCUCGGCGCCAUUCCCGAUGACAAGAUGCCCGUUCUCGGCGACACUUUCCUGCGCGCCGCCUACGUUGUCUACGACUGGGACAACCGUGCUCUUCACUUCGCUGCCGCCGACGACUGUGGCUCCAACCUGGUUGCUAUUGGCUCCGGUCCUGGUGCUGUUGGCGUGACCGAGGGUGAGUGUGACAAGCCUGCGCCUACCUCGUCCACCACCUCGUCUACCACCUCGUCCACCACCUCGUCUACCACCUCGUCCACCACCUCGUCUACCACCUCGUCUACCACCUCGUCCACUACCUCGACGACCACUUCGACGACCACUUCGACGACCACUUCGACCACGAGCGCUGCUACGUCGUCCACUUCGGCCAUUCCUACCUCGUCCACUACCUCCAGUGUCUCGACCACGCCCACCAGCUCCAGCGUUUCGACUUCGUCCAUUACCUCGAGCAUCGUGACUUCGUCCAGCAACUCUACGGUUACUGCCUCAUCGUCCACCUCCAGUGUCGUGACCUCGUCCAGCAACUCGACCGUUUCUACUUCGUCCACCACCUCCACCACCUCCAGCGUGCCUACGUCGUCUUCCGGCUCGAGCGUGUCUACGCAGACCACCAUCUCCACCGUGCCUACGUCGUCCUCAUCCUCCAGCGCUUCCGUCUCUACCGGUGCUUCUUCCACUUCUUCGACUGGCUUCCCCACACUCAGCGUCACCAGCACCCAGGGUGUCACUUCCGGCACUGGCGGUUCUACCGGUGCUCCCAUCACAACCGGUACUCUGACCACCGGCACCGUCAGCAAGAACGCCACGACAUACACGUCCAUUAUCAAGUCUACCCGCACCCACACGAUCACCUCGUGCGCGCCCACCGUCACCAACUGCCCCGUCGGCAAGGUCACCACCGAGGUCAUCACCUCGUACACCACCUGGUGCCCCGAGGACAGCAAGACCAAGCCUACCAGCACGAGCACCAGCAGCACCAGCGCCUACACCAAGCCCCCCUGCCCCGAGGUCACCCUCACCUUUGUCAUCCCCAAGACUUACUACUGCACCAAGGGCCAGUCUGGCUGCACCGAGGGCGAGGAGAUUGUCACGUCGCACCCUGCCACUGUUGUUCCGAUCACCCCCGCCGCCACGCCUACGCCCAUCCCCGGCUGCGUUGACUGCCAUCCCAAGCAGCCCGCCCAACCGCCCGCGCAGACUCCUUCUGCUCCCGCUGGUGUCGUUCCCGUCGUUGUGAACCCCCAGCCCGUUCAGACAAAGGAGCAGGCCCCUCCCCAGAGCACCGCCCCCGCGGUUCCCGCCCAGCCUCCUACCACGCCUGCCCCCAAGCCCGUCCAGCCCUCCUCGACCGCGGCUCCCGUCCCGCCGCCCUCGACCCUGGCUUCCGUCAAGCCCUCUGGCACUGGCGCUCCCGCGCCUAGCCAGCCCCCGGUCGCCGCUGGUGCCGCCGGUCUCUACAUUCCUGGCCUCGCCGCCGUUGCUGCCGCUCUCGUUGCUGCCAUGUAA